GCCAACGCGGACUGAUCCGAUCAGAGGGAGACUGGAGGAGGAGCGUUCACGAUGAAGCUGCUGACAUCGUUAGCGUGGCUCAGCGUCUGGGCCACUGUAGCCCUCGCUGUCCCUGCUCAGGAGAAACGUGUCCAUCGCCAUGCCGACCUCAGUGACCACGCCCAUGAUGACGGCCAUGGUUUCCAGUAUGACCAUGAAGCAUUCCUGGGAAAGGAGGAGGCGAAGACAUUUGAUCAGCUGACCCCUGAGGAGAGCAAAGAGAGGCUGGCGAAGAUUGUGGAUCGUAUCGACACUGAUAAAGACGGCUUUGUGAGCCACUCUGAGCUGCACUACUGGAUCAAACACAGGCAGAGGAGGUACAUCGAGGAGAACGUGAACAAACACUGGAACGACUAUGACAAGAACCAGGACAGAAAGAUCAGCUGGGAGGAGUACAAGAACACCACCUAUGGAUAUUACCUGGACGAGGAGUUUGACGAUAUUGACGACAAAGCCACUUAUAAAUCCAUGCUGACUCGCGAUGAGAGGAGAUUCAAGAUGGCCGACAGAGACAGAGAUGGCAUCGCCACACGAGACGAGUUCAAAGCAUUUCUCCAUCCCGAAGAGUUCGACUACAUGAGAGACGUAGUGGUGCAGGAAACAAUUGAAGACAUCGAUAAAAACGGCGAUGGAAAAAUCAACAUAGACGAAUACAUCGGUGACAUGUUCACACCUGAAAACGGCGAGUCGGAGCCUGAUUGGGUUCAGACGGAGAAGAAACAUUUCUCAGAGUUCAGAGACGUGAACAAGGACGGUUACCUGGACGCUAAUGAGGUCGCUCAGUGGGUUCUACCUGGAGAGGUCGACCACGCCGCCAAUGAAGCCACACACCUGAUCCACGAGACCGACACGGACAAGGACGAGAAAAUAACCAAGAAGGAGAUUCUGGCUAACUGGAACAUGUUUGUGGGCAGCCAGGCCACCAACUAUGGAGAAGACCUGACCAAGAGACACGACGAGCUCUGAUCAGCGGGGUCAUCAGGGGUCAAAGUUUAGCCAUAGGGAGAUGGGUUGGGGGGGGGCUGAGAAUCAGGUUUUACUGGGACUCUCUAAAGUCCAGUUUCCUGUGGAUGGAGCAAUGAUAUAGAGGAGCUUUAACAUAAAACAUCCCUGUGGUUUUUUCCUCGCUUUCAGAUUGAUUUAUUUAUUUUUUUUUGUUCUUAUUUGGAAACGACAGGGAGGAGGGGGAGGGGUGUGACAUAGACCCCCCUCUCAAGGAUCAGGCUCCUCACUGACAUUUCUAUAGACAUAUAAGACCCCACCACCACAGGAAGCAGGUUUAAGAGCACCUCAGUUUUUUCUGUUUCUCUGUAAUCCAGAAUAAUCCUGGACACCGAUGAUCAAUAAUCCACUCCAGUCUGGUGGAUCACAUACUGUGUAUGUGGUCACAGCUGAUCACAAAGACACUCCUCAUGGUCACCUUCAUUUCUAUCACAUGUUCUAAUGAUGAUGUGGUCGACAGUCUACGGUGGCCCGGAUAGUUGUUGCAGCUCGUUGUUCAUGCACAGAUUUCUUCCUCUGUCUGAGCCCUCCAGGCCACCGUAGUGACAACUGAACUGUGGAUCAGAUCCACACAGCACUGACGGCCAGAUCGAACAAACGUUUGAGUUUUUAUGAAAGCAUCAGCAGAGAUGACAUCUUUAUACGGAGACAGAGAACGUCUGAGAACAUUUGAAAAAGAUUUCACAGUUUGGUAAACUUUUCUGUCACAGUGUUGGAAUUUUCAGGACAGGUGUGUCUCUGAGAUUCUGGAAUAAAAUGUUUGUUUUU